UCGCUUGACAACUUCUAAACGUAAACAACAAUUUUGUAAUUUGCUAUUUGCCGCUUUAAUUACCCGGAAAUGUCCAUGCAAAAGGGCAAAAUCAUCGACCAGAAGGAGUACCUCAAAAAGUACCUUUCCGGCGACAAGGAGAAGAAGAAGAAAAAGAAGGAGAAGAAACACAAAAAAGCCGCCAAGGUGAAAAUCAUCGAUGACGAUGCCUACGAAAAUGAUGACCGCGAAAUGGACGAGGAUCUGCUGCUGGGCGGCGAGGAUGCGCCCCAAAUUGUGGCCGAGUACAUCGAGGACGAUCCCAAUGUGCGCAGCAAGUGGCGCAACAUCGCCGUCAAGGACGAAAUCAAGGAGGAGCACGAGGGAUCCCCGCCAGCGCCUGCCAUUCGCAUCAAACAGGAGCCCGUGGAUGAGGAACAGGAGAUGUGGGGCCGCAAGGCUUCAGUCGUCAAAGUCAAGGAUGAGUUCUCUCCUUCCAGGAGAAGUCCUCCUGUUAGAAUCAAGCAGGAGAAGCGCAGCAACUCCAGGGAUUUAAGUCCAACGAGGUCAAAAAGGCAAGCAAAACGGGAACAGAGUCCCCACAGAAGGGCAAGGGAUAAAUCUCCAAGUCGUAAAAGGGCGGACAGCUAUGAUCAGAGUCCUCCCAGAAGAGGGAGAGAUCCAGAUCAAUCCCCACCGCGCAGGAAACGUAGAAACUCGGAUCAAAGUCCACCAAGAAGGGCAAGAAAUGGCGACCAAUCCCCACCAAGAAGGCAAAAGGACAAGGAUCAAUCGCCGGCACGAAAAAGAAGAGAUUCAGAUCAGAGUCCUCCCAGAAAACGAUAUGAUAAGCCAUCACCAACGAGAAGGAGAAGGGAUUCCGAUCAAAGUCCACCCCGACGUCGUAGAAGUAACUCCGACCAGAGUCCACCGAGAAGAAGUAAGAACAAGGAUUUUUCUCCGCCUCGAAGGAGAAGGGAUUUCGAUCAAAGUCCACCUAGAAGACGUAAAGCUGACAGUCAGUCUCCACCAAGAAGGAAAAGAGAUUCCGACCAGAGCCCGCCCAGGAAACGAAAAGACGACGAUCAAUCUCCAGUUCGAAAGAAAAGGGACUCCGAUCAAAGCCCACCUAGAAGACGAAGGGAGAAUAGGCAAUCGCCAGCACGGAGGCAACAAAAUGCGGAUCAGAGUCCACCAAGAAGACAAAAAAAUGAAAAUCAGUCUCCACCAAGACGAAGACGCAACUCGGACCAAAGCCCUCCCCGAAAACGCGAUAAAUCCCCAAGUAGACGACGCGAUUCCGAUCAAAGUCCACCCAAGAAUCGCGAGCAGAGUCCUCCGCGCCGAAAUCGCUUCAAAGAAGAGAGAAAAAGCCGCUGGGCCAAGGCAUCGCCAAGCAAAUCAGCUUCACCGCCACCAACGCACAAGCCCAAGUCCACCAAAACUCUUGAUGGUAAAAAAGCAGGCCUUCAGGAUGCACAAUCCUUGAAAAAAGAAACAGACGAAAGGCGGCGACAGGAGCAUGAUCUAUUUGAGAACAUGUCAAGUGAGAUUUCUGGCCGGGAUGGGGAGGUACAGAUGCGGAGCACUGGAAGAAAGGGGCGCAGGGCCCGGGAUGCAGCCAACGAGGAUCCCGCCCAACAGCGCCGCAAGGAGGAGCAUGACAAGAAAAAGAAGGAGCUGUACGAUCGCUGGGGCAAGGGCCUAAAGCAAAUAGAAGAUCAGAAGUCCCGCCUCGAGGAGAUGGCCCACGAAGCAUCCAAGCCGGUGGCUCGCUAUGCCAACGACGAGGAUCUGGACAGGCAUCUCAGGGAGCAGGAGCACGCCGACGAUCCGAUGCUGGACUACAUGCGCCAAAAGCGCAAGAAACGUGACCAGCUGGACAACAAGCCGGUGAUGCCCAAGUACGAGGGCAGCUUUCCAGAGAAUCGCUUCGGAAUCCGGCCCGGAUAUCGCUGGGAUGGCGUUGAUCGAUCCAAUGGCUAUGAACAGCGGUGGUUCGACAAGCAAAGUGAACGACGAGCGGUGCAGGACGAGGCUUACAAGUACAGCGUGGAGGAUAUGUAACUGUGCAAAGACAUUAUUUCAUCACUUGCUGAAAUAAAGAUUUCACAACUGCCUUUCAACUGCAA